GUAGACAACAGUUUGGCAGUUUGCAGCGGCCGUCGCUAUCAUCCGGAAUGAUCACUGGCAGGGUGUUCUGGAGGGUGGUGCUGGUGCUGGCGCUGCUGGCGGUCGUCCUGUGGGCCGAGCUGAUGCUGAUCGAGCUGUCCCACUCACGGGCGCAGCCCAUGAUGCUGCCGCCACUCUACACAUCCGACUCGGGUGGCGCCCCCCAGCGGCCAGUCAGUGGGGACACCAACAUCUUCUUCAUAGAGCCCACGUGCAUCUUCGAGGAAGUGCCGUGGUUCGGCCUCGGUACUCUCCAAAUGUGCGCUGUGGAGUCUGCCAUACGCCACAACUCGGAGUACCACGUGUACGUGCUCCACACGUGUGCGCCUCCUGCAGAAGGCUUCACCGUCCCCGAGGGCGCCAAGGCGAUAUACGCUCCAACAGAUUUUUUCUUCAAGGACACUGAUCUUGAUCCGUCCAUCUUAACACUGUACCGCUUCUUUGGUACAGAGUAUUCUGUACAGCACGCGAAGGAGGUCCUGAGUCUUGUGACACUCUGGAAGUAUGGUGGCAUCUACCUCACCCUGGACUACAUCAUUCAAAGGCCGCUUUGGGGGUUGGGGGAGGACUGGAUCGCGGCAGCGGGCCUGAAAGAGGUGUCGCUGCGUGCCAUGUCCCUGUCUGCGACGCCGCUGUCUCCCGGCCAGCAGGUGGCCAUCGAGAUAGUGCGGCGUCUGCACGUCGACGGCGGCGCUCCAGACGGCGCCGUCGCACUGGUCACCAGCGUGCUCAGCGAACGCUGCGCCUUCGAUCAGACCGAUGUCAGCGUGGAGGACUGUAGAGGCAUCUCGAUACUACCCGGGGAGCUGCUUCUGCCGGUACCUGUAGACCUGUGGCAGAACCUGUACAUGGAGGACCUUGCUGACGACAUGCUUUCGCUUGUCCAUGACGCGUACGGCGUCUGCUUUUACCACGAGAUGAACGAGGAUCUGUUUCCCAGUCCCAACUCGGCCUACGGUCGGCUUGGCCAGUGGAAUUGUCCUUCAAUCUUCUUCAGCUCCACAGGGAAUGAUUCGUCCAAAAGCCGACGGUGACGAGGCGUCGGACCACAGUCCACUAUCUCUAAGACAGAGCACUGCCAACAGUUCUGUACAUAGGACACAUUUAACGGUCAUUUGAAAGGUUAAAACUGCUGUUUCUUACUCAUGGUCUUAAAAAGUGACGUUUCCUGACUGUGGUACUAUAAGGGUCUGUAUUUAUUUCACAUUGCGCCAGUUGUUUCUGGUGGAAUUAAACGUGAAAUUUUCCAACUUACUGUCACUGGCUGUAAGUUUAAUAAUUACAAAUCUCCUGAAAAAAAUAAAUUAAAUGUAUUAUCUUAGUAAUUGUCACUGUAGGUCGGUCUGUGUGAGUAAAACCAGUGUUAUCAUUCCUUACUCUUUCGCUUUUAUUUCUUGAAAGACAUUUCAGUGGCCUCAGAUACACAGGGUGAACCCCAUCUCCACUGACUAACUUUUAGAGAUGGUAGUAUGGACCAAAACAAGAAAAAAGUGUCCAGUAAACAUGGACUGUAAAGCCCAUACGUUGAGAGCUAUGAGCACUUGUUCAUUUUCGCUACUCCGAAAUACGUCUCUUCUGCUGCACAAGUGCUAGUAGCUCUUAGGGCAUGAAUUUUAACUUGUUUGGUCAAUACUAUCUCCACCAAAAAAAUUGAAAGCAAAGAGCGCCGCUGUAGAACAGAUGUAUUUCACAGUAUCAAAGACAACAAAGUCCUCAUGGAUCUUAAGGCGUACAUUUUAGAACCUAUGUUUACUAGACUUUUUUUCCUUGUUUUGGUUCUUCUACCACCUCUGAAAGUUUGUUGGUGGAGUUGUGGUUCACCCAGUAUACAAACAAGUGUUAAAGAAAAACUAAUAAAAAACGAAAAAUUAAAAAAUUAAAAAUACGGGUCAAAUGCAUACCUAUCUAACUAUACGGAAGCACAUACCAGUUCACACACACACACACACACACACACACACACACACACACACACACACACACACAUACACGACACACAGACCACAGAUACCACAAACACACACUCGACAGCUGGCAGCAACAUUUAAUGGUUGGAAAUAACGUUCAAUACUUAAUAACAAAAUUCGGAACAAAAGAUGAAUAAAAUAUAUGUUCAUAUUCUCAUUGCCGUAAUAGUGAUAAUGUGAAAGACUUUGGAUUGCUAUCACAGAGUAAUACGUCAGAAAAUGCCAGAACGGCUUUUACCCAUGAAGUAGAGUGUUUAAUACGUAAAACAAAAUAGUGUUGACUUAUUUUUUUUUAUUAUUUAUUAGCUUAUAUUUUAGGCCACUGAUGGUGCAUUUUAAGAAAUAAACGCGGAACGAUGAUAAAAUUAGUUUAUUCAGUUGCACAUAGACAUGCCUAACGUGAUCAUUAUCGGCAUAACGUUACACACACCUGAGGAGGACAAUUCAACAAAAGUUAACGAUGUCGGACUUAAAUUUAUUUUUUGCUCUGGAUACGAAUUAUCAAAAAAAUAUCACUAACUGUUACUUACCAUAAAAGAGAAAGAAAAAGACGACGGAGCAGGUCAAGUGGUACAAUCGGCA